AUGACCGAGACCGGUGCCGCCCUAAGGACGACGGCAGUUGGCGGCUUGGACUUGGAGGACGACCCUGUUGAAGUCUCUGGAUUUCACGAGAAAGUUGUACAAAUUUCAGCUGGCAACCAUCAUUCUUGUGCAGUAACAGCCGAUGGUGAGCUCUUCGUUUGGGGCAAAAAUUCGAGUGGCCAGCUUGGCCUUGGCAAAAGUGCAGGAAAAGUAGUCUCUACCCCAAGAAAGGUUGACUACUUGGCUGAUGUUAGAGUGAAAAUGACUGCUUUGGGAUCAGAGCACUCAAUUGUUGUUACAGAGGAUGGUGAAGCCUUGAGUUGGGGAGCUGCUGGUGCUGGUAGACUUGGACAUGGCCAUAAAUCUAGCUUCCUGGGAUUCGCUAUGACCUCAAAUGAAUAUACUCCAAGGUUGAUAAAAAACCUUGAUGGUAUCAAGAUUAAAAGGAUAGCUGCGGGAAUGCUGCACUCAGCUUGCAUUGAUGAAAAAGGUACUGUGUUCAUGUUUGGGCAGAAGACUGAGAAGGUACUUGGAAGAUCAAAUGAUGCACCUAGACCAAGUGCUGUUGAAGAGAUACAAUUUUCAGAAGAAGUUGCUUGUGGAGGUUAUCAUACUUGCGCCGUAACAGAUCGUGGAGAUUUGUACUCUUGGGGUUCAAAUGAAAAUGGCUGCCUUGGUCUUGGAGGUACAGGCAUGGUUCGCUUCCCAGAAGUUGUAAGAAGUUCAUUAUUUAAGCUUCCUGUAUCUAAGGUAUCCUGUGGUUGGAAGCACACAGCUGCAAUUUCAGGUGAAGAUAUCUACACGUGGGGCUGGGGAGGUGCCAACGGUACCUUCUUCGAAGAGGGCCAUUCUUCUGGCGGGCAAUUAGGGCAUGGAAACGAUGUCGACUAUUGUGAGCCGAUGAUGGUAGAACUUGGCAAGAAUGCAAGUGCUGUUCAUGUAUCAUGUGGCUUCAAUCAUACAGGCGCGAUACUCGAGUACGCGGAAAACUGACUGCUGUGCCAUCUGCAGCACUGUAAGUGCAUCCAGGCAUGUUUGGUAGUAUUCAGUCGUACCUGCACAAGGAAAAAGAAUAAGCUGACCUUGAACGAGUGAUGAACUCGUCAAACAGAAUUACAGGUUAGUCUAGCUGUAUAGUCUUCUUUCAUACAUCUUCAUUGUCAGCUUGUAUCUAUGAUGUUUGAUGGCCUUGUAAAGAAGUGGUGUUUGACGUCGCGCAGGCUGUGAUGGGCACGGCCAGUUCAAAAUGUAAACAUGAUUUGAACUAAAAUAAAUCUUGUCUUUACAGUUACAAA